GCACAAUCUUAGUAAAGCGCUUAUUGAUAUUGAUUCAUUCGGUGUAAUUUUGAUAUUACCGUAGAUCAACCGCAAUCAAAGAUGGAGAGCGAGAAGUACUAUCUUGGUCUUGACUUCAGCACUCAGCAGAUUAAGCUGAUUGCUGUAGAUGACAACUUGAAGGUGGUGUAUGAAGAGCAUAUCAAGUUUGAAACAGAUCUACCAGAAUUUGGGACAGUGGGUGGCACAGUUACAGCCCCUGCUGCAAUGUGGGUCAAGGCUCUGGACAUGCUGUUAGACAAAAUGAUGAAUGAUGGAUUUGAUUUCUCUAAAGUUGCCGGUAUUUCCGGGGAUGGCCAGGAGCUUGCUCGACUUACUGGUUCCCGUGGUUUUGAAAGAUAUACUGGUACCCAGAUUAUGAAAAUAUAUCAGACAAACAAAGAGGCGUAUGACAAUACAGAGAGGAUUUCAUUGGUUAGUAGUAUGGCUGCCUCAUUAUUUAUUGGAGAUUACGCACCUAUAGAUUAUGGUGAUGGUUCAGGUAUGAACAUCCUGGACAUCAGGAAUAAAGUCUGGUCAGCAAAGUGUUUACAGGCAUGUGGUCCUGGUUUAGCAGACAAAUUAGGAGAACCUGUAUCCUCAAAAACUGUUGUUGGUUCUGUGUCCUCCUAUAUGUGUAAAAAAUAUGGGUUCCAACCAUCAUGUAAAGUUGUGGCAUUUACAGGUGAUAAUAUGUGUUCCCUGGCGGGACUAGCUCCUAAAAAGGGUGAUGUGAUGGUAAGUCUUGGUUCAAGCGACACAGUGUUUCUAUGGUUACAUGAGGCCACACCCGGAACAGAUGGUCAUAUAUUUGUAAAUCCACUUGAUUCAAACACAUUCAUGGGCCUUGUUUGCUUCAAGAAUGGUUCUCUUACACGUGAGAAUGUGAUGAACCGUUGUGCAGGAUCAUGGGAAAAAUUUAACGAAAUGCUGAGUAAAACCCCACCAGGCAAUAAUGGCAAUAUAGGAAUUUACUUUGACAAGAAAGAAAUACAACCAGUUGUGAGAGGCAUCUUUAGAUUUAAUGAAAACAAUGAACAGGUUGAAAGUUUCACACCAGAGGUAGAAGUGCGGGCAGUGUUAGAGAGUCAGUUUCUUGCGAGACUCAUGUAUGCUAAACUUUGUGGAUUACAAAUAGGUCCCGAAUCACGUGUGAUUGCUACAGGUGGUGCCUCGGCUAAUCCAGCUAUACUCCAGAUAAUAGCUGAUAUAUUCAACACAACUGUAUAUAUCACAGAUGUCCCAAACUCAGCAGCUUUAGGUGCAUGCUACAGGGCCAAACAUGCAAUGAUGCCAGAGGGUACACCAUACAGUGAGAUAGUGAAGAAUUUACCUGAGCCUGUUUGUGCUUGUAAACAUACACCUGGUCUAGAAAAGGUAUAUAUGCCUAUGAUGGAAAGAUACAGGAAACUGGAGGAGAAAAUUUCUGCCAUGUGAGGAAAUACAAUAAGAAAAGAGACACUAGGGGAUAAUAUAUCCACACCAUGUUUUAUAACCAGGUUAUGGGGAGCACAUGUGAUUAUAUUGAUAUCAUACGGGAAGAUUUGUAUAAUAAACAAGAAUUUCAAAGUGAUUUUGUAAGUGUAAGGGAAUUUUUCAGGAAAAGGUGUACUUAUUGAUAGAUUGCGGUUAGAUAUGGCUAUGUGCUUUAGAUAAUGAUGUGUGCUGGUGAUAUAUUGUAGGUCAGGGCUCUUGUUUGAUAAAAUUUGGGGCCGAAUAUGGGCCCCAUUCCCCCAUUAAAAUUGCAUGUUUUUUUCCUUGCCUAAUACAAAAAAAAAAAACAAAAAAAAAUCGAAAAUAAUAUUUAACAGCCAUAGAUCAGUGAUAAAGUUGAAUUUUUAUACAAAGUAUCAAAGAUGUAUUCAUUUUUAUUGGAAAUAAACAAAAUUGUUCUAGACAGUA